GAAUUCCGGUGCUUCAAAGUUGUAUUGGGAAAUCUAUUAACCAAAUCUAAUAAAUAUGAGAAAAUGUAACUACAUAUCAUAAAUCUGAUUCGUCAGUUAAUCAAGAUCUUGGUGUAGUAUCACACAUCCCAUACAUGAAAUUCGACGGAAUUUUCGAAUUAAUAUGUUACAAAUAAGAAGUGUCGUUUAUAUUUCGAUAUGUUUUAUGCUAGUCCAAGAUGUCAUACACAUAAAUCAAGUGCAUGGGCAAUAUAAAAACGAAUUUAGCUCCAUAGAAGAAGACGAUGAAACCACGCCUCAUAAUGCAGAACAAACCGAAUUCGCAACUGAGCCAGCUCCUGGACCUGGGCAGGUAGCUGACCAAGAAUCAGGCGAUGCCAAUGAUCAAGAGCUUGCAGGUGAACGAAAUCUCAACGAACCUUCCCAAGAAGCUUUUCCUGAUGCCGAAGACGACACCCAAGAUGAUCUGGCAACCACAAGACGAGCAUUUUCGGGGAAUUCCGAUGCCGGUAGUAUCGCAAUUCAAUGGCCAUCGAGCAAAAAUAAUUUCACGUAUAAGGAAGAAAAAAAACUCAGCCCUGAUUUAGUAGAAAAGUUUACGAUGCCUUUAUUGGAAAACAGAUGGAAAUGGGAUCAUAGACGAGAAGCAUUAGUGAAAAAUUUCUGGUUCGCGUCAUUCAACGAAGCUUUCGGUUUCAUGUCCAGAGUAGCUUUACGUGCUGAAAAAUUAAGACAUCAUCCUGAAUGGUACAACAGCCUGAACAGAUUGAAGAUCACAUUAUGGUCGAAUAAAGUGAACGGAUUAACUUACAAAGAUAUUAUAAUGGCAAGAUUUAUCGACAAAAUCGAGCAGCAUUUCGAAAUGAAGCCAUCGACACCGUUUAUUUGAGACUGUUCCUAACACGUUUGCAACAAUCAUCCUACUUAUAAAUAGUUCACCUCUGUAUUUUUUGUGUUUCUGUAUUUUAUUUAUUGUUUCAAGUAUUUUAUCGAUCUGCAAUAUUUAUUGUAAACAGUUUCAAAUUUGUGAUCAUUUAUAAAAAUAAAAUUAAUCAACACACAUA